UUUACGUCUAAGAUUUGACCGCCGAACCAGGGCGGCACUGCAAGCGGCCAGAAGCGGGCCACCCUCUCCCCCAUUCCCCGUCUCCUCCUCGUUCCCCGUCUCCUCCUCCUUCCCCAAUUCCGUUUAUUUCGUUCCCCACCUCCGAUGGACUACGAAAGAAUCGAAAAGCCAUUUCCCCCUCAGGGCCGUGGGUUUUCCCCUGGGAAGCUGCGAGCGAUGCUUGCUGGAGUGGAGAAGAAGCGGAAGGAGGAGGAGGAGGAGCUGGAGGCCGGGUUCUCUUUGAGAGUCGACCCCCCUGAGAUCGAAGAUAGACGUGCAAGUGCUGUGGAGAGCUGCAGGGAUGUAGACAUGGUGAGCUCGCAUCCGGAAUGCUCUACUUCGAUGGAGACGGUGAGUGUUCAUAGAUCGCUGGCCGGCCCAAGGAUUCGGUUGGAGCAGGAUGAUGCAUUUGAGUCUGAGAGCGGGUCAUCGGGCUUCGAGUUCCAGAAGGCGGACCGAGCGCUGCACCGGUCUGCGCUUAUGCUGCCGUUCUCGAAGCCAGCACCUUCAAAGUGGGAUGAUGCCCAGAAGUGGAUUGCGAGCCCCACGUCGCACCGCGGGGGGAAGGCCGGCGGAGUGCAGUCCAGGAAGCCGGGUUUGACUGGGUAUGGGAAUCGACAGGCUGCCACCAGGGUUGUUUUGGAGGUUACAGAGGAAGCGGACACUAAGAGGAUCGAUCCAAGCCAAGAAAAGAAGUUAGUUCGAGAGCAUAAGAGUGUGAAUUGGGUACCUGAACCUUACCUUGUUGUGGAUUCAGCUACGAAGCCUCCGCUCAUUGUUGACAACCCACUUGCUGAUUCUGAAAUCAGUCUUAGUCGGCAUGAUUCAUCAACGUCUGUUCACAGUGCUGCAACAUUUUUCACACCCCCAUCAACAGUUAGAUCUGUAUCUAUGAGAGAUAUAGGCACAGAAAUGACUCCAAUUGCUAGCCAGGAGCCUUCUCGGACAGGAACUCCUGUGAGAGCAACGACACCAAUACGCAGCCCUACUUCUUCUCGACCAUCAACUCCACAAAGAACUGCUCCAAAUGCAAACCCAACCGAGUCAGCUGAUUGCCAUGUGGAUUCCAAAAACACACAGCUAUCUGAAAAGGAAUUACAAAUGAAAACUAGGAGAGAAAUAAUGGUUCUUGGCCAACAAUUGGGCAAGACGAACAUAGCCAACUGGGCAAGCAAGGAAGAGGAGGAAACAAAUGCAUCUGUUUCACUUAAGACUGUAUCCGUAGAUCAGGCAGCUAAAAGUGUUAUAGAGGCCCGAGCAACAGCCUGGGAGGAGGCAGAAAAAGCCAAGUAUCUGGCCAGGUUUAAACGUGAGGAAAUCAAAAUUCAAGCUUGGGAAAAUCACCAGAAGGCAAAAACAGAAGCUGAAAUGAGGAAGAUUGAGGUUGAGGUAGAGAGAAUGAGAGCUCGUGCACAUGAGAGGCUUAUGAACAAGCUAGCAGCUGCAAGGCAUAAAGCUGAGGAAAAGCGAGCAGCAGCAGAGGCCAAAAGAAAUCAACAAGCCACUAGAACAACACAGCAAGCAGAGUACAUCAGAAAAACUGGCCGCAUUCCUUCCUCGUUUGCCUGUUGGAGUUGGUGCUUUUAGUUACAUUUCACUGAAAUGCAAUUCAAGUUGCCAGGUAAGCUAAUGUGAAAUGUUCUCAUGUUUUAAUGAUGUUGUAAACAGGAAUCCUUUCCAGGUAGUUCAUUUAAUUGUAAAAUAUGAAAGUCUUCCAUGUAAUUCUGUUUCUUUCAACCAUGAACUCCUUUACCAGCAAUCAAGGUGUCAUCAUUCUUUUUUAUUC